CGUGGCUUAGAGGGGGCAAGCGAGGAGGAGUGCGCGUGCGCGGUGCUUGUGAGGCGAAAGAAGGCAGGAAGGAAGGAGUGACCGGGCGGAGUGGGAGGGGCCGGCUCGCUUGCUCGCUCGCUCGCUUGCUUGCCAGCCAACAGCAUGGCGGCUGGGCGCGAGCCGCCGCCGCCGCUGCCUCCUCUUCUCCUCCUCGUUCUCCCUUCUGCUUUCCCUUCCCUCCUCCUCCUCCUCCUUCUUGCUGGCGGCCUGGCGUCUUCCUCCGCGGGAGCCCCUCGUAGGCCCUCGCUCGGCCUCUUCCUUGGCCCCCUUCUUCUUCUUCCCUUCUGAGAGGAGAGGAGAAAGGAGGCAGCCUGACAGAAAAAGAGAGAGAGAGAGAAAGAAAGGGAGGAGGAGGAGGAGGUCGUCGCCGGUCCCUCGCCGCCCGGCCAUGGAGCUGGCCAAGCCGGUCUUCCCCGCGCUGCCCCAGCCCAAAGAGGACUCCGAGGACUGGACAUAUCCAAUGAGAAGAGAGAUGCAGGAGAUUUUACCUGGGUUGUUCCUGGGACCGUAUUCUUCAGCUAUGAAAAGCAAGCUACCUAUACUUCAGAAGCAUGGAAUCACUCAUGUAAUAUGCAUAAGGCAGAAUAUUGAAGCAAACUUUAUAAAACCAAACUUCCAGCAGUUAUUUAGGUAUUUAGUCUUGGAUAUUGCAGAUAAUCCCAUUGAAAACAUAAUAAGGUUUUUCCCUACGACUAAGGAGUUUAUUGAUGAAAGCUUACAGACUGGAGGGAAAGUUCUUGUCCAUGGGAACGCAGGGAUUUCCAGAAGUGCUGCCUUAGUUAUUGCAUAUAUAAUGGAAACAUUUGGAGUGAAGUACAGGGAUGCAUUUACGUAUGUGCAAGAAAGAAGGUUUUGUAUAAAUCCCAAUGCUGGAUUUGUUCAUCAACUUCAGGAAUACGAAGCCAUCUAUCUUGCAAAGUUAACUAUCCAAAUGAUGUCGCCUCGACAGCUGGAACGGUCACUGUCUGUUAGUACAGGAAGCCUGAAACGUACUCACGAAGAAGAUGAAGAGAUCGCCAAUAUGCAAGCAGCAGCUCAGAACGGUUGAUGCCAAGGGCCCCGCGGACUUGCUCUUUUGGGACUUUCUCUUUUGGGACUUUCUUCUUGUGGCAGCUGCUAAUCUCACCAGGAUGAACAACCACCGGAUGUGAUUUUUUAACAUGGGAGAUAAAUCCACCUUCCUUAUGCAAACCUGCUCUUCCAGUAGCACACCAAGCAACAUUUUAAAGGUAUUGGAUCCCUUGGCUGACUAGAUGGCACUGAUUGUUUUACUCCUCCUGGUCUUUUUUUUUUUUACACUUCAUAGUUAUACCCUAAACCAAGACUUUGGACUUGCAAAGAGGUAUUAUUGCAAUAAUGCACUUUUCAUACUUGAAAUUUUCUUUAUUUGUAUUGCUAAAGUUAUGACUUCGGCAAAAAUGCAAGUGGGGAUGAUUUGUUUAUAAAGUUUUGUGUAAUUUAUAACAAGAGUAUUUAGUAAAAAAAAGAAAAAAGAAACAAAUUCCUAAAAUCCA